CCCGCGCUGCCGUCCCCCGAGACGCUCUACGCCCUGGCGCGGAUGGGGCACGGAGAUGAGAUCGGCUGUGGUCGUGGAGCUGGUGCCCAGUGACAGGGAGAGGGGCCUGCAGACCCCAGUGUGGACAUCCAUCCUCUCCAGGGCCGGCUGUGCAAGCCCCCUGGCCACGAUAGAGAGAUUUGAGUUUUAUGAGUGGACCAGAAAGGCUUUUGCUGUUGUGACAACUGGGGAGGCGGCCCUCUACGGAAACCUCAUUCUCAAGAAGGGGUUGCCAGCCCCCGAUGCCCUGUUCCAGGCCUGUUGAAGACCACCCGCCCAGAGAGGGAUCUGGAACCCUGAACCCGACGCCGCCACCAGCAGGCAUGCCCAGCGGCAGAUGAACUGGCCUGGCCCUGCCCGGCAGCGCUCAAAGCUCACCCAGCCAGGGGCUCCAGGGGCCCAGCGGGUCCUGGGGGGGGCCUCUGCUGACCAGGGCUGGCAUUAUCCCAGUUCAGGAAAACGAUGGAAAAGUGCAGUUACUUGCCAACGUACAGCCCAGAGGUUUAAACAGGAGCUCCACCUUCACGCACAAAGGCCUGUUUUAUGCUGAGUGCAAGAGCGGCUGUGGGCUCCCCGGAGGGCAGACCCCACCCACUCUCGGGGAACCCUCAGGUGGGAAGUAAGGCCUCCCUCCUCCCGAUAGGUUUGGGUCACCUGACUUGGCAAGUCCCUGGGUUUGGGAUGAGAGCUCACACAGGUCGAGACCCUCGCGUGGGGAGAUCGCACAGAGGGCCUGGGCAGGGGCCUGGGUGACGCAGCACAUGGCAAGGGGGCCUGGGGGUGGGUGCAUUAGCUACCCAGGCAGCCCUGAGUGGGCUGCAGUCACUAAGGUGGCCCUUGAAGAGGGGGCCGGGGCUGCUCCUUCAGCCCCAGAGGCUGGUCUGGAGCCUCCGGGAGCUGACCACACCGUCAGCUGGGGUGGGGGGGCGCUGGGCCCGGUGCCUGUGUUCCCUCGCUCUGGUGGUUGAGCUCCUACUGAAUACGCAUGAGCCCGAGUGGGUCUGGGGAUGGCCGGGGCGGCGGGUAGAGGACAGGAGGACGCGAGGCACCCAGGCAAAGGGGGCCUGUGAGGUUGUGACGGCUUCCCGGCACGUUCUCAAACUGGGUCUCCCGGGGUGGGCGGGGUUCCCACUGGCCAUUGCACAGGGUCCCUCCCUGAGGGCCUUCUCCCUGCUCCUCCAGACCUUCUCACAGCACGUGGGCGUGGGAGCUGGGAUGACCAGGGAUCCCCAGGGCUCGGGGGAGGCUCCCACGGUCAGGACCAGGAGCUGGUGGGCCUGGAAGGCAGAUAGGUCCACUGGGCGGAGGUCUGGGGCUCAGCCUGGGGAAGGGACCACGUUCUAGGCCCGCCACUGCCGGGGCUGAUCUCAGACCCCUGACCCCACGGCCAGCCGCUUCCAGCCACACACGGGCCUCUCUUGAAACAGCUUUAUUGAGGUUGAAUUGACAUGCAGUAAGUAAGCUGUUCACGUUUAAAGCAUUCAGUUAAAUUCGUUUGGGUGUUGGACCAGCACCUCCAUCCCCCCCCCUUCUGCCCUGCCCCCGCUGGUCCGCCCCCCUCCCUGCUGGUCAAUGUGCACUUUGCAGAACUCCGUGUAACUGGAAGGCCGUGCAUGCCCUCUGCGUGCUCGCGGUGGGGUGGGGUAUGUGUGUUUGCAUGCGCUGUGUGCAUCAAUGAUUCCACUUUGCUGCAGAGCGGGAUUCUGCUGUGCACACGCUGCUGUGUUCCAUCCAGGCAGCUCUUGGGGGGCGCCGGGUUGCUUUCAGCUCUUGGCUAUCGCAGAUAAGCUUGCUGUGAAUGUACCCGCACAAGUCUGCGUGGACACGAGCCUUCAUUUCUGGAGCAAACACCUCUGGUCAAGUCUCGGCCGUAGGGCGUGUGUAUGUGUGACUUUGUAAGAAACUCCCAAACCGUUUCCGAAGCAGCUGAGCUGGUUUACAUCCCCAGCCCUGGGAAUGUGCAUUCCAGCCCCUGGCCCUCAUCCUGGCUGCCCGUCUUUCCCGUGAGCCGCUCUAAGGGGACUGUAGCGGUGAGUUCUUUGACCGUUAAUGGCAUUGAACAUCUCAUGGGUGUGUGUGCCUUCUGUUUUCUUUGGUGACAUGAGUGGUCAAUCUCUUGCCCAUUUUGGCACUAGGGCGUUUAAUGAUUCCGGUCACCAAUUCCACUAUGUGUCGGGGGGGGAAGGGCAGGGGGCUCCCCCCACCGCCAGGCAGCCCCUCAGCACCAGCCGGUGUCCUGCAGUCCGCUUGGUUCUGACACCCCCUGCCCGGAGACGCGUCAGAUCCCGCAGGUUCAGGGCUCAGUCCCACAGGACUGCCCCCCACGAUGCCCCCACUCCAGAUGCCAGUCCCAAGUCCAGGGGGGCACCUGGGCUUCUGACCGACUGGCUGUAGAUAGAGGGUUCCCUUGACCCCUCCUCAGUCUCAGUUAGUUUUCUAGAGCGGCUCACAGAACUCAGGGAAACAUUCACUCCCUAGAUCACUGCUUAUCCUACAAGGAUAGGACUCAGGACCAGCCAGGUGGACGAGGUACGGGGAGGGGCUUCCGUGCCCUCUCCAGCACCCCUCUCCCCGCACCUACACGUGCUCACCACCCCGAAGCUCUCCAGACACAACCUUCUGGGUUUCUGUGGAGCCUUCACUACGCAGGCUGUUGGAUUCAGUCACUGGCCACUGGCGAUUGAUCUGACCCCCAGCCCCUCGCCCCUCCCCGAGGUCUGGGUGUGGGGCUGGAGGUUCCAAACCUCUAUUCCUGGUCACUUCCCUGCAACCGGCCCCAUCCUUAGGGACCUUCCCAGAGUCACCUCGGUCACACAGCAAAGGACAACUUUAUCACGCCCAUCACUCAGGAAAUUCCAAGGGUUUUAGGAGCUCGGUGCCAGCAUCAGGGAUGAAGACCACACACAUUUCUGAUUAUAAGUCACAGUAUGACAGUACUUUCCACUAGUCCAGGCUCUUGCUGGGGAGCCCCAGUGCCCACCAGAAGGGUCUUGGGUUCAGCCCAAUGCUCAGACUCAGGGAAGAGCACAGACCACCCUUGCCAGCCGUCCACUGAGGAAGAACGUUCCACAGGUGUGGUGGGUCACAGCUGCCCUGUGGCUCAGGUGUGUGGGGAUGAGGGUCGCUGGGCACCGCCUGGCCAAGAGCCUGUGCCCCCAGAUGCAGGUGCAGCGUCCAGGGUCCCCAGCAGGACCACUUCCCUGGCUUAGGGAAGCCAGGGCUGCGGCUCCCGGGAAGGACCUCAGGUGUCUUAUUCCCUGCCUGGAUGCCUCACCCAGCAGCGGUCACUCUGCAGAAGCAGUACUGCCUAGUGACGCCAGGGAGCAGAGGCAGGGGAUCCACGCUCAGCACCCUCUGUAGAAGGGGUGAGCAGCGGCAGUGCGCCUGGGAGUUUGGGGGGCGAGGGUCACAGGGGGCUGAGCUGGCCUGUGGCCUCUGCCAGUGUCUCCUGCUCACCCCCAAGUCCCCUGCUCCUGUGGGUCUCCGGCUGUGCCCUCGGGGCAGGCAGUGCCCACUGGGGACCUGGCUCCAGCAGGGCUGGAGAGAGACUUGACCACGAACACCACCCUGGGCUGCUCAGGGCCGUGGCCACCAUCGACCUCAGGUCUGAGCAGGUCACCGCCGGGGCCUCAGUCUCCUCGUUGGUACUGGGGGCAAAAGAGCUUCUGUCUGUGGGGCCUCGAAGCCGGGAGGCAUGUACGCCUCUGAGCAGCGCAUCUUGGAGUGAGGCUGCCAUUUGAGGCCUCCAGGAGCUUGGGACCCGUGGGGUGACAUAGGAGCUGUAGGGCACGUGAGGUCCCCAGGACAGACCCACGGUCUCUGGAGCAGCCGGGAGCCUCGUUCUGUCUUAGCCCCCAGCAGGCUCAGUCUGGGCAGCGAGGAAGUUUCAGGUACCAAGUGCUUCCCGCUCGAUGCUGGAGCGUGAUUGCCACACAGAAACCCCACCUGCACUUGCACACACCCCAGCACAUGUACAACUUGUGGAAAAUUCCAGUGACCCUAUACCUGCGUCUGCAACAUCAGGCCUGCUGAGCCAGGCCGUGUCAGAGGACUGGUCACCUCAGAGAGCGCCGGCAACUGCCCAGAAAAUGAGGACAGAAAGGCUGGGCCCAAGUCCACCCCCACUCACCUGUGCACCUGCCUGCCGUCCCCCUGAGCACCUGUCCACUUGUCCCCCUGUCCCCCUGAGCACCUGUCCACUUGUCCCCCGACCCCCUGAGCACCUGUCCACUUGUCCCCCCAUCCCCCUGAGCACCUGUCCACUUGUUCCCCCGUCCCCCUCAGCACCUGUCCACUUGUCCCCCGUCCCCCUGAGCACCUGUCCACUUGUCCUCCCGUCCCCCUGAGCACCUGUCCACUUGUCCCCCGUCCCCCUGAGCACCUGUCCACUUGUCCCCUGCCCCCCUGAGCACCUGUCGACUUGUCCCCCCAUCCCCCUGAGCACCUGUCCACUUGUCCCCC